AGCAACGGUUGUAUUCAAAAAAAUUCACUCAAUAAAGUAUCUUAUGAAUCCUUAAAUAUCUCUAUUCGUUACAAAUUAAUUAAGAUCCUCUAAAUUCACUCAAGCAUUACUUCAUGAAUUGUGUCAAAUCAACCGUUAUAGCCUUCAAAUCCACAUAUUUAUAGUGUUAAUAUUUUACCUUAUUUAGCGGAUUGAAAUUAAAGUGAUGAAUUGUUGAUCCUUGUCAAUAAAUAAACAAUGUUGUUCUUCGCCAGAAGACGGAUAGAGACAAAUUUUUAGAGAGGAAAGAAGACAGGCAGAGAGAAGAAAAGAAUGUGUCUGGUGUUCGUGUGUGACGAGGACGAGAGAGUAGUGUCGACGCAGCCAGCACCAGGGGCGUGUCCAUACUGUGGAGGGAUGAUACAAACUAUGGACGUACAUACCCAGUGGAGGUUCUGCUUCCUGCCUCUCUACUCCAGAAACAAGCGCAAGUACUACUGCACCAUCUGCGCCAGACGUUUGGUGGUUCUCUAACUUACAGCUGAUCGAAACCUCUACUUAAUUUCUGUGUGUUUUAUACCAUAUUUUAACGUAUCAUGUCAGAGAUCGAGAAAUAGAACACAAGGCCGUAAAUUCCUUUGUUUCUCUUUAUUUGCCGUUUACUAUUUAUGUUAUGGAUGAACGCAAAAAGCAUCAUAUUGAAAUCUGAAUCAUCAUAGUGAGCCAGGAAUGAUUCGUUACUUCAUUCCGGUCUGUUGUGCAAAUUAAGGCAUGAA